AGACAUGAACACAAGAAGUUAUCUUUCAUUUGAAAUUUUGACUUGGUUUAGAAAUUAGAGCUUAAAAAUCAAAUCUAUUAUUGAAAGGAUUUAGCACAGUUAUUAUAUGUAAUUUGUUUAUGCAGAGAUGGAUGUAAGUGAGAGUGAAAAUGUGGAACUCAGGGAGAGUCAUGAUGGUUUAAAUGAGAAAAGUGAUAAAGGUGGAAAGGAAAUCAUUGAGGUUGUGGAUGAUGAUGUUACUAUAGAUGAAGAAGGUGAGAUAGCAGUGCCCAAAAUUGGGAUGGAAUUCGAUACAGUAGAAGAAAUUUAUGAAUGUUAUGGACGUUAUGCUAAACGGAUGGGAUUUCUAUGUAAAAAACGGUCGUCAAAGAAGGAUAACGGACAAUUAAGACAUGUAACUUUUACUUGUAUUCGAGAAGGUAAGAAGAAAAGAGUUACAGAUGCUUCAGUAGUUCUCAAUCCGCCGUUCAAAACUGGGUGCAAGGCUAAACUGACAGCACGAUUGGAACCUGAUAAUAAAUGGCGGAUUAGUGUGCUUGUUCUUGAGCAUAACCAUCAGAAUAUCCCUAUUGCAGCUCGCUAUUGGAGAUACAACAAAGUAAUUAAUAACCCUGUGAAAAGGAAACAUUUACGAAAUGACAAAGAAGGAACAAGAGUGCACGAGCUCUACCAUACAAUAGCAGUGGAGGACAUUCCUGAAAUUGUUUCUGAGCAAAGCCCCCAGGGAAUGUUCAGUCUGAAUCGUUGUGAUAUUGGAGAGGCACAGUUUUACAAGUUCGAUAAUGACAAAUCUCAUGAAAAGUUCCAUUCCGGUCAGAUUUUAAACUGUACGCGAAAUGGCUUGAACCAUGUGCUCCACCAAGGGAAGUGAUCAAGUGGCUCGAUGAGAAAAUGCAGGUAUGCUGCGGAACGUUUAAAGCUGGUAAAGAAGAGGUGUUUAGCGAUACUGCUUAUAUCUCACAUUUGGCAACAGGAGUGUCAGUCAAUAAACAAAGCUUGUAUGAAAUCUAUCCAAAGAAAGGAGAGGUAUGGGCGAUGUACAGGAAUUUCAACUCUGACUGGACGUGUAAUGACCUCAAGAAUUGUGAAUGUGAUGUAGUUGAGGUCCUAGAGGUGUAUGAUGUUUGUUGGCUUAUAGUGUUGGUUUUAGUUCAAGUUGCUGGCUUUGAGACUGUUUUCAAGGCUAAAAGAGAAGCAGGGCAUGAUUAUAUUAUGGGUAUACCAUGGAUUGAAUUGUUUAGAUUCUCUCAUCAACUUCCUGCCUUCCGAUUUACAGAAGUGAGAUACGGGAGCUUGCGAGGGUGUUUGGAGCUUGAUCCCAAAUCAAUGCCCGCUUGUUUAUUCCCUCUGAAGUGAAAGUUUACAGGUGCUGUAGGAUUUGUUCUGUCCAACUCAAAGAAUGCACACCCUUUUGUGCAGUACUGUUUUUAGUUUUCAGGCUGAUAUGUGUAUCUUGAACCGAACUAUAUAUCUCUAUUAAUACGCAUUGGCCGAGAUUUUUGUUGCUCAAGUUAUUUGUAACUAGGAGUAGUAGGUAUCUGGUAGAAGAUACCCGUACUUUUUUUCCCUGAAAGCUUCUUAGAGCUGUAUUCUAACAUUUCAGGUUUCAGUUCUCUUCUGGUAGAAGAUACCCAUUUAUGGUUAGCAGUAAUUUUAAAUUACUUAGUUUUCUAUGUAACCUCACUUUUUCUAUCAGUAAUUU